UGAAACUAAAUGUUGGUUUUGUGAAUCACUUCAAUGUUUCACACAGGUCUGUGGUGCUGCUUAGUUUCAUCCAAACCUGCAAUGAACAUUGUUGUCCACAUGUUGAGCCACCUACGCUGCAGCCUCCUCCCUCCUCUCUAUAACCACACAGAUCAAGUCAUCUCAUCUUCACUGUGAGCCCAAGAGAAAGGGAAAACCCUGUCAACCUGACCUGUCUCUCAGAGAGAUGCAGCAGAUGAAUCUGGACUCUGAGGGUGCAACACACGGCGGGAUGGAGGGUCACUCGAGGUCCUCUCACAAGUACCUGCUGCUCCAGGUGUGGUGUGGUCUCCUCACGGUGGCUGUGGUGGUCAUGGCCGCGUUUCUGUCGUCGAUCAAAUCAAAGUCCCCCGAGGACACAGUCUCGACAAUGAAGCCAGACAACGUCAUGCCGACAGUCAACACUUCACCUUUAGAAGCCCCUUUGAAGUCUGUCGGAUCUUCUCCCUCAUUCAUCCAGCUGAUCAAGUCUCUGAGCGAUUCUUGGGAGGAAUCCCCUGGAUGUGUGUCCUGCUCGCUCGUCCUCAGCAACGGCUCCAUCCACUGCGAGAAAGACAGCCUCUACCUCAUCUACGCCCAGGUCACCUUCAGCGAGCGCCAAAUCAAAACUCAGGCCCAGUCUGUGAUUUUGAAAAGAGACGCCAGGUUCGGUAGGAACAUGAGGAAACUGGUGGAGGGAACCUUCCCCAGCACGACAGAGGGUUCUGUGUGGGUGGCCAAGAUUGUCAAUCUCAAGAAGGGAGACAGAGUGAGCUUAGACAUCCCAGAGAAUUAUCGACGAGACAGCACAUUCUGGGGAGCUUAUCAACUCCAUUAGCACUGCAGGUCUCUUGAGUCUGCUACUAUACAAGAGGAAAUAUUCUUCCUUGGACUGGUGUGAUGAUCGUAGGCCUAUACCAGCAUUUAUCAACAGGAGUGGAUCAUCACCUGGAUUUUUUAUUUAAUUACUUCGUUAUUUAACUUAACUUUUAUACCAGAAAAUACGCAAAAUCACAGAAUUCUGUCAUGUUCAACAAUAUGUGAAUCUUAUUUUUACAGGGAAGUUACGCCUUUUAAUCAUCUGAAACACUAAAAUGCUAAAAAGCUCCAUCAGGCAGGUUGCAGGAGGUUUGCGCUCUAUCUAAGGCUAGAUCCAUAUAUUACGUUUUACUCCAGACGUGGUCGUAGCCUUCGCUGAAGAAAAACAACGGGCAUGAGCCUGGGCUAGAACGCAACAUGGAAAAUAAAUGAUAAGCGUUACUAAGCCUGUUGUUUACGAGUGUCAGAGACGAGCUAUCAUUCAAGCAAUUCCUAUUUACAGGGCCACACACAUACCCAAUGAGUGAUCAAUCCUGUGUUAUGUGAACUAGGGCCCGGUCACAGAAACGCCAAAGCAUCAGAGGCAAACCUUCGCCUCUGUCAACGUGUUCGUUUAUCCCAAAUAUGAGAAGAGCCGGUCUGGUCUAAUUCAACAAGUAUUUAUUAAGAAGCAAUGAAAAGUCAACAGCAUAGCUAUGGCCACUGAUAAACAGCAGAACGGACAGCGUUUGUAAUCUUUCAUAACAGUAGGUAGAACAGGAUUGAUCAAUAACAAAGGGAAUCGAGCGCAGAACCAUCAUCCCGGGUUCGAAUCAGGGAAUGACGAGGCGCCGCUCCUUCGACCGUUAGCCGGGAAAAUCUUCAUAUCAUGACAGUGCGAUUUUGUGUUUGGAGAAAAAGGUUUUGUGUUGUGAUAAAAAGGUUUUGUGUUUUGAGAAAAAGAUUUUUGUGUCGGCCGACGCUUUGUGAGUCUUCAGUAAACAUGCGCAAUCUAAAAAAAAGUUAUACAUGAGAACAAGUUAAAGUGCAGUGUAUUGAAUGUAACAGAUUCAAAGUUACCACAACAGGCAUCAUCAGACAGGUGCAAGAUUGAGCAGCGAUGUGACGCACACACAUUUUAACCAACUUCAAGAUUAACACCAAGGAGCAAAGUUUACUAAAAGUUAACUAUGUGAGGGCCACGUAUUUCCCAC